AUGGAUUUAUAUCAUAUUGUGGAUUCUCCCCCUUGUUGGAGUGUUAGAAUAACUGCUGCUGCUCUCAAUGUCAAACUCAACUUGAAGGAAAUGGAUUUACUCGAGAAAAAGAAUCAUCUUUCUCCAGAAUUCACUAAACUUAACCCACAACAAACAGUUCCUACGCUUGUGGUAGAAAAAGACUUUAUAAUGGCAGAAUCGCGUGCAACUAUUGCUUAUCUCGCUGAUAAGUAUGGGAAAGAUGAUUCGUUGUACCCGAAGGAUCUUAAGACCAGAGCAAUCGUCAAUCAGAGAUUAUUUUUUGAUAUCGGGACACUAUAUGACAAAAUCUUGUAUUAUUACUUUGCUAAAUUUUUCAACAAGCAGCCGGAUCCACAAGAUUUGAAAAGAUUUGAAAAGGCUCUUGGCGUCCUGAACACAUUUUUGGAAGGGAACAAUUAUGUUGCAGGAACCAAAACAUUUACUAUCGCUGAUAUUUCUCUUUAUUCGUCUUUAAAAUGUGUCACUGUUUUUAAUUUUGAUUUCUCUCCUUAUCCAAACGUAAAGAAAUGGUUGAAGUUGAUGGAUGAAAAAGCACCAGCUAAAGAAGUCAUCACUGAAGGACUCAAAGAAUUAAAAGCACUACUUGAAACGUACAAUGCCUAA